AUGUCCGUCCCAGCAUACCACGAGUCCCUACCAUAUAUCGACACCCUCUCACCAGAGGAUCUCCUCGCCGCCCGGGCCCUCAUAGCCGCCGAAACAUCAUCCUCCCCAAAUACAAGCCCCCUCAAAACCACACCCAAAUCACCAUCCUUCACGCCCGCCCUACAAACCGAACUCCUUCGAAUAGCAUCCUCCACGCCCCUCACGCCCCUCGACACAAAGCGCUACGAGGCGCAAGACCUCCCCCCCACAAGCACAACCCAAGAAACAGCGCCCAUCCUCAGCAAGGCAUACACAUCAGCGGCGUACCUGUCCUCGCGCCUCCAGAACCUCCAACUGCUAGAGAAGCACGGCGCAAACGCGUGGCUCCUCUCAAACUACCACCUCGAGGCGACGCUCAAGGAGAUAGAGGCGGAUUUGGCAGACACGAAGCGCCAGAUUGACGAGGUGAAUGCCGCGAGGCAGCGCAGGCAGGGGAACGUAAAGGGCGAGAUGGUGGGGUUGGAGGACGCGUGGAGGAAGGGCGUGGGGAGGGUUUUGGAGACGGAGAUUGCGGCGGAGGAGAUGAGGGCUGCGAUACGGGAGGAGUUGAGGAAGAGGGGGGGAGCUUAG